UUCAUAAUUUAUUAUUAAUUUAUUACACGAUCAAACACUCAUAGGCUAUCUAGAUAUUAUCAUUAAAUAUUUAGAUUUUUUUAAUCCUCGCAACUGGCAGCACUAGCUGUCGGUAUCCGUAAUCCGCCAUCUUGUUGCAGGUCGUGAGCUGCAGCUGUUUGCGUUCUGACAUUAUUUAUAUUGUGUGUGUGAAUUUUUAAAAUAUAAAUUGGUGAUUUUGCCAAAAGCGGCCAGUAAAUGAACAGCAACAGCAACAAACACGAUGGCUCUCAGUCAGCCAGAUCUUCACAUGCAACACCAGCUACUAAUGGCACAAGAAAUGUUACCAAUAACAAAAAACCAGAUACAUGUAGAGAUUACAUGUGGGGAAAAUGUACUAAAGGUAGUUCCUGUAGAUUUAGACAUGAAUUGGAUUUUGAGAAAUUAAAAAAAACUGUCAAGUUCUGUCAUGACUAUCAAAACAGAGCUCCGUGCACCAGGGAAGUUUGUACAUUUAUCCAUGCAACUAAGGAUGAAGAGACAUUAUUUUUAACUACGGGUAAACUGCCUAAGGUUCUAGCAGAGAGACAUGCUAAUAUGUCUUCGGGUGAAACAAUACCACAGAUUGCUAUGUAUAUCCAAGAGUCUUUAGCUGGACCACCACCGCCACCACCACCCCCACAACCAGAACCACAGCCAUCUUCUUCUGUUAAUGGACCCCAACUAACAUAUAAUAUGGGACAAAUGGCUCCACCAAUGCAGCCGGGAAUGGGUAUGGGGUCUAUGCACAUCAGACCGAUAAAUAUGGGGCCAAUUCCACCACAAAUGAUGUCAAUGCCGGGACCUUCUAUGGUUGCUCCACCACCUCCAUCAAUUCCAAUGCAACAUUUACCUCCUCCUCCACCUCCACCUCCACCCCCAACUCAGAGCUCUACAAGCUCUUCACUGUCGACACCUCCAGUAUAUACAGCACCUCCGCCACCAACUAUGAGGGUUUCGCUAAAUCAAGAGCUACCACGACCUGCGACUCCAAAACUAAAUAUGGACAGGUUUGAUCCAAGUAAGCCACCUCCACCCUUCAUACCAAAUACAAGUUUAAAGCGUCCUUCCGUUAGUGAUAAUAUGAAAGCCGGUCCCAGCAAAAUCAGAAAGGAAGAGGAAGCUUUAGUCGAAGACGUGGCGUGCGAUCCGUGUCGUCAGCGACAAAUAAGAAUCGACGUUUAUCGAAAGGAAUCAGAAAAGAUGUAUGCUCGUGUUGAUUUUCAAAAAUUAAUGUACAAAAAGAAAUAUGAGGAAUAUCAACGUAAGGAGGAGAUAUUAAAAAUCCUAUUAAACCCUGAAAUAUAUAAAAUUAUUGAGGAUUUGUUGUUGAAUGAGGAGAGCCCGCAAGUACAAGAAUCGGACAAUCACAAUGCUAUUGGCGACUUAACACCUCCAAGAACAGUAGAAUCUCUAGGUACAUUGAUGACUAGGCCUAAUAAUGUAAAUAAUUCAAUUCAAAACUCUUUAUUAUUUGCGGAACAUUUACGUGACGGUAACAAAAAAAGGGAUGCCCAAUCUGAAUAUAACCAUAAUAACACAAACCGUCAAGAAACACAAGUAUCAUAUAGCCAAAGUUUAUCAGUUCCUACAACAAGCAAAACUCAAAGUUCGAAUCCUGGUAAAAAUGUUCCGACCACAGCUUCACCCUCAUACUUCUAUUAUAAUAUGCCGCCGCCUAUAACGAGACCGUUCAUGACGCCAUCGACUUCUAUGGCUCCAACUGCAGGCACUUCAUUGAUGGCAUACCAACAUAAUGGAAUGCAGGGACCUUCACAGGCUAUGACAAAGCCGUCAACGUCUGCUCCGCCUGCACCAUCCAAGCCAAACAAUCAAUCAAAUCAAAAAUCGGCUCCAUACCCUCCGCCGACGUCUUAUUAUAAUUCUUAUCAAUAGCAUUGGGAUAUUGUUGGAUGCAUAUGCACGGUGGGCGGGAGCUAGCGUCGUUGACAGGUGUAAAUAUAUGAACGUUAAUUUAAGAUUAAGCUAAUUUUAAGACGAAAACUGAACUUGACAUGUUGCAAUGUGAUACAAUCUGAAUUUUAAAAGACUAUGAGUGUGUUGACGUGUACUACGGAUUUGUAUCAAAAUCCAUGCUGUAUAAAUAUAUAUAAUAGUUUUUAAAAGUAUUUGAUUACAGGAUAUGCUUUUAUAAUGUGACAUUUAGACUAGUAAAUUAUCUUUACAAUAUGUUUUUUUAUGAAUUACAAUUUAAUUAUUUGAAUGUGUCCUUGUAUUUAAUUAAUUCAAUUUCUUUUUAACAAUAUUAAAGAUCUAAUAUUCCUAUUCAACUCCAUCGUGCGUUUACGGUUCCGAUUCAAGUGUAUAUACGAGGGUGGUCCGAUAAGAACUAAGCCUACAAAAAAUAUAAUUUUCUUGGAAAACUGGGGAUUUAUUUCUCAACAUAAUCUUCUUUGAGUUCGAUAUACUCGACCCACGGCACCUGGGCGUGGCUCAUAAAAAACCGAUGUAUAACUCGUUAAACCAAUUUUUGACGGUCGCCAUCGAAGGAGAAUAGUCAUCGUAGUCUCUUUGAUUUAGCUGCGCGAUUUCCCUUCCAAAAACAAUAAUCGUAUCACCGACCGAUAUUGCUCAUUUUCCAUAUUUCUGAAAUCUGCAGACACGCUUGCUUACACACACGGUCAAAAGAUAACUACGCGUCCGAUUCGGCUGAAAUAUUUACAGUCUACGAGAAUGUUCUAAGAGAUAAAAAAAUGGUCUUGCGAUAGUGGUGCUAUUGGGCAGUGAGGCUAAGUACUUAUCGGACCGCCCUCUUAUGUCACUGUAUAGUAUGUAUAAUAUAACAUAUAUUAUUAUUCACAAUUCACAUAUAGUUUUUGUAUCGCUAUGUCGCGCCUACUUCGCAAUAAAUAGAAAUACAAGAGUUUAUACAGGAAUAUCUCCUCAAGUGCCUUGAAACAAAGUGCGGUGUAAGCAAAAGCAAUUCGUUUUGAUUUUUCUUGCAUAAAAUAAGUUUAGGAUAUAUUACCAUUAAUAAGGAUAUCACAAUUAAAAUUUUCUUAUGAAUUUGUGAUUUAAUAUAAUUAUGAUAGCCUUAAUAUGGCCGCAUUCCAUAGAGCCGACAUUCAUGUAGUAUUCAUAUAAAAGUCACAAGCGCUAGGUAGAAUACAAUUACUUAAAUUAAUUAAUUAAUCAGAAUUUAUAAAAAUUAUGCCUCCACGAUAUAUUAUUUGCUGAUUAAAGGAUCAAAGAAAAACUUAAUUUCGGAUUUAUAAUAAUAAUAUUAUUCGUAAAUGUAUACUGUUUACCGGCUUUGUAAUUGGUGAAUACCGGACAAAUAUUUUUUUAAUGUAUGUGGAAUCUUGCCACAAAUAUAAAUUUUAAAUUAAACGCAACUAUAAAAUAAGAACUAGUCACGUCGUUUUAGUAUUGUAGUGUUCACUUUAUAUUUAAAACUUCAUUACAAUGGGCUAAUUUAAUUGAUAUUUAUUUAUACAGUGUUAUCAAAUCAAUUGACAAAAAUUAUCCAAAAUGUGUUUUUGAUUGUUGAAGAUCAUUUGACUUGUGUCUUGGUAAAACAUGAACAGUCAGAUAUUUUAAUAAAUUCUAAUAUCACCGUUAUUGUUAACUUUGUGUAAAUAUAAUAUUACGACUAAGUAUACGUAAUGUAAAUAAAAGGUAAAUGUAAUUUUGUAUGACUUGAGAAAUUAGUAGUAGUAAUUACCGGGUGUAAAUAGUUGCCCGAAAAAAUCGUUUGCGCUUUUCUUUUAAAUUUCCAUCGCUACUUUUUAAAUAUGGAAUACUUUCCUAGGUAAUUAAACCGGGUAUAGUUUUUACGAUUUACACCCGGUAUUUGAGAAACUCGCAUGUUAAUAAAAUAUUUUGUUAAGGCUGGUAA